CCGGCAGAGGAAAUGCUCCUAGACCAAUCACAUCUGUGUUUACACCAUCACCUGUCAAACACACACCCUCUGCUACAUUUUCUCUUUAAAAGGAGCUGAAACACACACUCACACUGAAGCGUCUACGGUAGCUGCUAACUGGACGGACUCUCUGGCAAUUGACCUUUUGCAGUGGAAUAGUGGAAUAAGUCUUGAACCAUGAGCUCAGUGGCAGUGUUGACCCCGGAAAGCUUUGCAGAGCAUCGCAGUGGCCUCAAGGACCAGGAGAUUACAGGCUGCGUCCCAGAGGAUGAGGCCUACAUCCCUACCUAUCUUGAGGCCUUCCCUCCGCUGCCGGAGAAGGGGACACCAGGGGAGAAGGCUGGGGAGCCGCCUUCGGCGUGGGGGAGCAAGAUCAGGCCCAUCAAAGCCUCUGUCAUCACCCAGGUGUUCCACGUGCCCCUGGAGGAGCGUCGUUACAAGGACAACAGCCAGUUUGGGGAGGGUGAAGAGGCCAAAGUGUGCUUGGACAUCAUGCAGCGAACGGGAGCGCACAUUGAGCUGUCUCUGGCCAAAGACCAGGGUCUGUCCAUCAUGGUCACCGGCAAAGUGGACUCUGUGAUGAAGGCUCGCAAAGAAAUCGUAGCUCGAUUACAGACACAGGCGUCGGCGACAGUCACCAUCCCCAAGGAGCACCAUCGUUUUGUCAUUGGAAAGAACGGCGAGAAGCUGCAGGAGCUGGAGCUGAAGACUGCCACCAAGAUUGCUAUUCCACGCCCGGACGACCUCAGCGCCAACAUUCGCAUCACUGGCACCAAGGAGGGUAUUGAGAAGGCUCGCCAUGAGAUCCUUCUGAUCUCUGCUGAGCAGGACAAGCGUGCAGUGGAGCGUCUGUCUCUGGAGAAAGCCUUCCACCCCUUCAUCGCCGGAGCCCACAACAGGCUGGUGCAGGAGCUGAGCCAGGACACAGGAGCCCGGAUCAGCAUCCCACCGUCCAGCCUGCCCAAGGACGAGAUCGUCAUCACUGGCGAGAAGGAGGCGGUUGCACUGGCUGUCAGCCGCAUCCGAGCCAUCUACGAAGACAAGAAGCGGAAGACCACGACUAUCUCUGUGGAGGUGAAGAAGUCCCAGCAUAAGUACAUCAUAGGUCCAAAGGGCAACACCCUGCAGGAGAUCCUGGAGGCCACGGGGGUGUCAGUGGAGAUGCCGCCUCUAGACUCCAGCUCAGAAACCAUCAUCCUUAGAGGGGAGCCCGACAAACUGGGACCAGCACUCACGCAGGUCUACGCCAAGGCUAAGAGUGUCAUGGUGGUGGAGGUGACUGCUCCUGCCUGGCUACACCGCUUCAUCAUUGGCAAGAAAGGACAGAACAUCGGGCGGAUCACACAGCAGCUACCACGGGUUCACAUAGAGUUUACAGACGGCGAGGAGCGCAUCAGUCUCGAAGGGCCGACAGAGGAGGUGGAGCAGGCUCAGGCCCAGAUACAAGAGAUCAUCAAGGACCUGCUGGUGAGGAUGGACUACACUGAAAUCAACAUAGAUCAGCGUUUCCACAGACACCUCAUCGGAAAGAACGGAGCCAACAUAAAUCGGAUCAAGGAGCAGUACAAGGUGUCGGUUCGAAUUGCUCAGGACUCUGAGCGAAGUGGCCUGGUCCGGAUCGAGGGUGAUCCUAAAGGAGUGCAGCUGGCACGCAGAGAGCUGAUGGAGAUGGUCCAGAGGAUGGAAAACGAGCGCACCAAAGAUCUGAUCGUGGAGCAGAAGUUUCAUCGGACAAUCAUCGGACAAAAAGGAGAAAAAAUCAAAGAAGUUCGAGACAAGUUUCCCGAGGUCAUUAUCAAUUUCCCCGACCCGUCGCAGAAGAGCGACAUUGUCCAGCUGAGAGGUCCGAAAAAUGAGGUGGAGAAAUGUGCCAAGUUUCUCCAGAAAAUCAUUGCCGACCUGAUUGAAAAUAGCUUCUCGCUCUCCGUUCCCAUCUUCAAGCAGUUUCACAAGAACAUAAUUGGCAAGGGAGGCGCCAACAUCAAGAAGAUCCGUGAAGAGACCAACACCAAGAUUGACCUGCCAACGGAGAACAGCAACUCAGAGAUGAUCGUCAUCACAGGCAAGAAGAACAACUGCGAGGCCGCCAGAGAUCGUAUCCUCGCCAUCCAGAGAGAGCUGGCCAACAUUAAAGAGGCAGAGGUCACCAUCCCAGCCAAGCUGCACAACUCUCUGAUCGGCUCAAAGGGCUGCCUCGUGCGCUCCAUCAUGGAAGACUGUGGCGGCGUCCACAUCCACUUCCCCUCUGCGGGCUCCGGCUCCGACAAGGUCACGAUCAGAGGGCCCGCCGGUGAGGUGGAGAAGGCCAAGAGACAGCUGCUGCAGCUGGCCGAAGAGAAGCAAGUAAACAACUUCACCGCCGAGCUGCAGGCCAAACCAGAGUACCACAAGUUUUUAAUCGGACGGGGUGGAGCCAAUAUUCGCCGUGUACGGGACAAGACAGGCGCACGCAUCAUCUUCCCGUCACCCGACGACACAGAGCAGGAGCUGAUCACCAUCGUAGGGAAAGAGGAAGCCGUGCGUCAGGCCCAGAAGGAGCUGGAAAGUCUGGUCAAAAAUCUGGACGAUGUGGUGGAGGACAGCAUGGUGGUGGAUGUUCGCCACCACCGCCACUUUGUGUGUAGGAGAGGCCAGGUGCUGCGGGAGCUGGCUGAGGAGUACGGCGGCGUGGCUGUGAGCUUCCCUCGGACUGGAGCGAAUAGCCAGCGGGUUAUUCUGAAGGGAGCAAAGGACUGUGUGGAGGCCGCAAAGAAACGCAUCCAGGAGAUCAUCGAGGACUUGGAGUCCCAGGUGACUGUGGAGGUGGCCAUCCCCCAGCGCUACCAUCGCGCCAUCAUGGGCCCCAAAGGCUGCCGCAUCCAGCACAUCACCAGGGAGCACGAGGUGCUAAUCAAGUUCCCUGAGAGAGAGGACAGCACUGCAGCUCAGGAGGCUUCACCACAGGAGAAUGGUGAGGUCAGUCCAGAGGCGGAGUUUGUCCCCCGCAAGUGCGACAUCAUCACCAUCUCUGGGCGGACAGAGAAGUGUGAACUGGCUAAAGCGGCCCUGCUGGCGUUGGUGCCCAUAACAGAGGAUGUCGAGGUGUCUUAUGAGCUGCAUCGCUACAUCAUUGGUCAGAAGGGCAGUGGAAUCAGGAAGAUGAUGGAGGAGUACGAGGUGAACAUCUGGGUGCCGCAGCCUGAGAAGCAGUUGGAUGUGAUCAAGGUGACGGGGUUGGCAGCCAACGUGGAGCGAGCCAAACAGGGUCUGCUGGAGAGGGUGAAAGAACUCCAAGCUGAGCAGGAGGACAGGGCCCUGCGUAGUUUCAAGGUCACCAUGUCUGUGGAUCCAAAGUUUCAUCCCAAGAUUAUUGGCCGCAAAGGAGCCGUCAUCUCUCAGAUCAGAAAAGACCAUGACGUCAGCAUCCAGUUCCCCGACAAAGGAGACGAGCAGCAGGAUCUGAUCGUGAUCUCGGGGUACGAACGUAACGUGGAGGAGGCGCGUCAGGCCAUCCAGCAGCUUGUGGCAGAGCUGCAGGAGAUGGUGAGCCAAGAUGUUCACCUGGACCCGAGGACCCAUGCCCGCAUUAUUGGGGCCCGCGGCAAAGCCAUCCGCAAGCUGAUGGAGGAGUUCAAGGUGGAUAUCCGAUUCCCUCAGCCAGGCUCUGAUGAGCCCGACAAAGUGACAGUGACGGGUCUUCCUGAGACAGUUGACAGCGCCAUCGACCACCUGCUCAACCUGGAGGAGGAAUAUUUGCUCAGCGUGACCGAGACAGAGACCCUAGCAGCGUACAUGAAGCCUCCAUCUCGCUAUGGAGGGGGAGGGGGAGCAGGCGGAGGGGAUGAUAGCAGCGGGGGUCCAGCGAAGGGCUUUGUGGUGCGGGACGCCCCCUGGAACGCAUCUGGGAACAAGGCUCCUGACAUGAGCAGCGCAGAGGACUUCCCCACGUUUGGGACAGGCGUAGCCCCGAAGCAGGCGUCGGCCUGGGGCCCCAAGAAGUUCUGAAGCUGUUCUUCUGGAGAAAAACCAACAAUAAAAAAACACAACUUCUGUGGACAAUGAGAGACACAACAAAACUCAAAUCAAAUUGCUGCUCGCCUUCCUCCUCCGCUCUUUCGUGACCUUCCUUUCGUCUCUCUCUCUCUCUCUGUAACCCACCCUUUGCUGCUCUCCCGACAACCAGCCACAAUGAAUUCUGGGAGAACUAUUCCUACUAUCUUCCUCUGUCUCCCCAAGUACCUCCACCACCUCCUACCGAGAGAGAAAAAAACCCCCAAUGUGAACGUUGAGUGCUCUGUUCAUAGUUUUGCUGUCCCGCUCUGCCUCUCGGUUGCACCAACUUUUUCUUUUCCUGCUUUCAGACCCCCCCCCCGAUCACCUCACUGCGGUACAUAAGAAAUGUUUCAGUUUGUCAGCGGGAGAAGCUGUCAGAGGAAGCAUCCCCACGCACCCGAAGCAAGCCUAAAAAAAAAAGAAAGGAGAGGAGAGCCUGAGGAGUUUGUAAGCACUGACAUCGUCUGAAGUUUGUUUCCUGUGGUUUUUACGGGGAGGUUUCUUAUCGGCUCACCGUUCCAGUUGCUAAUGUGGUGCAGCGAUGGGCUCAGGAGAGGUUUUUCCACCCAUGAACGCAUCUAGACACCCCCCACCGCCCUCAUCCCCUCACCCUCUUUUUUUCUUUUUAAUGAUUUCCAAGCUGGGAGCAAAUACAGCUGCUGUAGUUCUUUUUAAAUAAUACCGAUCCAGAAGACGUGGAAGUCCUGCACUGGUUGUUUGUAAAGAAGGUUGUUUUUGUCACAACUGUUUUAUUUAUUCAGGAAAAAAAAAAAAAAAAAAAAAGGAGCCAUUUUAUUUGAACUACUGUGAUCAUGCUGUUUUUAUAAAAGCACUCGCUGUAGCUUGCAACCUUACGUCUGGGAGUGAAUGUUGUGCGUCAGGGUUUGGGAACAUGUUAACAUGUUGUUCUAAAUGUACAAAGAACUUUUCGCUAUUUUUUUAAUCUGUGUGGGAUUUUAUUUUUUGCUGUUGUCGUUGUUCGUGUUGGUUUCUGGUAUAUCUGAAAGACUCCGUGUGUGCGCGCGUGCAAGAUGAGAUGCAUAUUUGAAUGAAGCUGAACCAAACUUUUA